CAGUGUGCGACAGGGCCGCCUGGCGGACAGACAUGGCUGCUUCCCCGGAGCCGAGGCUCGGCGGCGGGUUCCCCGGUUCUCCCCGGACCGCGCGGUGCUGGUGGCGGCUGGCGGUGCUGCUGUUGUCCGUGUGUUCGCUGCCCGGGGCCGCGGGCCUGGUGGAGGGGCUCUACUGCGGUACCGAGGACUGCUACGAUGUGCUCGGCGUCUCCCGGGAGGCCGCCAAGCUGGAGAUCGCCCGGGCGUACCGGCAGCUGGCCCGCCGGUACCACCCGGACCGGUUCAGGGUGGAGGAGCCGGGCCUGGAGGGGGAGACCAAGGAGUCCGCUCAGCGGAGGUUCCUGCUCAUCGUGACCGCCUACGAGACGUUAAAGGAUGAAGAGACUCGGCGGGACUACGACUACAUGCUGGACCACCCUGAGGAGUAUUACCAGCACUACUACACCUACUACCGGCGGCAGCUCACACCCAAGGUGGACGUCAGGAUCGUCAUCCUGGUCACCAUCUGUGCCAUCUCCAUCUUCCAGUUCUACAGCUGGCACAGCAGCUACAACGAGGCCAUCAACUACCUGGUGACGGUGCCCAAGUACCGGAUCCAGGCCACGGAGAUCGCCCGGCAGCAGGGCCUCCUCAACCGCACCAAGGAGAAGGGCAAGAACCGCCGCUCCAAGGAGGAGAUCCGCGAGCAGGAGGAGGAGGUGAUCCGGGACAUCAUCAAAACCAAGAUCGACAUCAAGGGGGGCUACCAGAAGCCCAACCUGUCGGACAUCCUGCUGUGUCAGAUCGUGCUCUUCCCCUACUACCUGACCACCUACCUGACCUGGUACGCCUCCUGGGUUUACCGCUUCACCAUCUGCAGGGAGGAGUACGGCGAGGAGGAGAAGCUCUACCUGAUCAGGAGACACAUGAAGAUGUCCCAGUCUCAGUUCGACAGCCUGGAUGAAAACACCAGUCAGAGCUUCAUGGAGAAGCAGCUCUGGAUCAAGGAGAACUACGAGCUGCACAGGAAGGACCAGGAGGAGGAGAUGAAGGUGAAGAUGGCCACAGACCCGAGGAUGAAGAGGUAUCGCCGCUGGAUGAAGAACGAGGGCCCGGGCCGCCUGACGUUCGUUGACGACUGACGGCUGCCGGGUCUGUCAGUGACACACACACCUGCCUCAGUGCCGACGCACACACACACCGCGCCCCGCGCUGUGUGGACAAACGCUUGUACAGAAACAUCAACUCUGCCUGUUUAUAUAGCAAGAGAUAUUUUCAUAGCGACCUCGCGAAGCAGAAGUGGAAUAAACUGCACCUGAGAAAUUUGAGGGUUUUUAUACACAAUGCUCUUUCUUUAAUUUUUAUUUUUCAUCUUUUAAACUUUGUAUCUGUAACUGUUCUGGUGAAAGUGGACGGAUGAGCUUCAGUGCCUGAGUUGUUGAGAAGCAGAUGUUAAUCAUGUCCAGGGGUUAAACAUAACGUCAACAUGGUGCCUGGUGACCGACAGUAAAAAGUGCCCUUGUUAAUGGCCGCCUCCUCCUCGCACCUCCUGCUAGCUCCUCCUGCUGCUCUACUGAGUCACUUCAAAGCCUGAUGAGUAAAGCCAAUGAAAAGUAUUUGCAUAUUUUUCCUUCCUGAUGAAUAAACCCGGGUCAGAGUGUAUUUUUUUAAGAACGGUGACAUUUUGAAUUCAGAUGAGAUCCAAUAGAACUUUGACGUAUUGAGCAUCUUGUAUUACAGAAGACUGCAGAUAGGGGGAGCUGUUUGCCUGGUUCCAUCAGAAGUAAGAAAAUCCAAAGUUUUUAAAUUUAAAUUUGCUUAUAGAUGGGAGAUGGAUGGAAAGAUAAGAGACAGAGAGGAGCUGGAUAAAGUAUUAGUUAUUAAUAAGAUGCAGGAAAGAGGAGACGAUUGUGAAAACACCUAAAGAUGACAAAACAAAAACGGACAAACUUCUGUGUCAUCGUCUCAUUUGUUGCUGAAGCUGUUUUUCUUUAUGAAGCAAAAAACGAAAAGAGCAGCAGGUUCCAGACGUGGUGGAACUCGUCUUUCUGUGUGAAUGGAAACCAAAGUCACGGCCGAGAUGUUUAUCAACCGGGAAGUCGAUCAUCCUGGUUUCUGAUCGGCUCCGUGUCUUCAGACGACUCAGUUUCAUGCUUCCUGCGUUUUACUUACGAUUAUUUAUUUGUCUCUCAUUUGUCUUUUGGUUGUUGUUUUGUGCUGAGGCAUUAAAGUCCAACUGGAACUACGCUCGU